AUGAAGGGAGACCCGAGUGGCGAUCGGAUUGAUGGGAAUACGACAACAAAUGUCUUUGAUUACAGCCAAUCCGAGCGUUCCGCGUUGAUUUGGGCUGUUGGGGUUGGCACCACAUUGGCAACAUUUCCAAUCAACCAUUUAAUGAUUAAAAUUGGUGCUAGAUGGGUGUGUCUAUUUUGCAUCGUAAUAUCUGCAUUAGCAUCCCUGCUCUCCCCGUUUGUCGCGGCAAUGGGGUUAUGGCCUUUCCUGAUUGUCCGCUUUUUGCAGGGCGUCGCUUACGCAGCAGACUUCGCCGCAAUCGGCGCUGUAAUUGUUCGCUGGGUGCCGAUCACGGAAUAUGCAAUUUUCGUAGCAAUAAUGACGGCCUUCACCCCGAUCUCGUCGUUCGUCACGGAUUCCGCUUCCGGAUUUUUCUGUGAAACGUCCCUCGGUUGGAGGGCUUCAUUCUAUGCCCAUGCGGUCUUCGGAUUUGUGAUGGCUGGCAUAUGGCUGCUCCUCUUCAGCAAUCAACCUGAGAAAAACAAAUUUGUCGGCGCGCAGGAAGUCGACCUGAUCCAUAAAGAUAAAUGUGCCGCAGAGGUCGACAGCCAUAAAGAAGUCCCAUACUUGAAAAUCCUAAAAAGUGUCCCAAUCUGGGCGGUGUGGGCAAAUGCUUUUGGAGAGCACGUCACCACUUCCCUCCUAUUAACAUACGCCCCAAUCUUUUUCAACUCGGUGCUUGCAUUUGAUAUUGGAACUACAGGAAUCCUGGCCUCUCUAAUCGGCCUUGUACAAAUUCCCUUCAAAAUUGUUUGCGCUAUUUGCAGUGACAAAAUCACAUUUAUCAGCGAGAAAAAUAAGAUGCUAAUUUUUAAUUUUAUUUCGGUAGGCAGUUGUGGUGUGCUUUGCUGUCUACUUGGUUUCCUGGGAAAAGAAGCUCGCGUGUGGUCUGUAGGAACGUUUUUCCUGUUUAGUACACUGUCCUCAGCGAAUAGCGGCGGUUUUUAUAAAUGUGCCAUCUACGUUGCUAGGCAAUAUUCUCACUUUGUGAUCUCAGCCAUACAAUUUAUGAAAUGUUUGGCGCUGUUUGUUUGCCCGGCUAUUGUAGCUGUUUUUGUACAUGAUGAUAACAACCUCUCUCAAUGGCGAAUUGUGUUUUUAAUUUCUGGUAUUUAUAUGAUGAUCAGUCACAUCAUUUUCUGGAUCUUCCACACCGACGUCCCUGCCGAUUUCACAAACGUUGAUGUCAAACCGAGGCGCCAUUCUUCGAUUAGCCUCACCGAACCUCAGGCCGAAAAACUGAAGGCA